AUGGAUUCUCCUGCCAGUAUCUCCCUCGUGGACAACACCGUUCCCUCACAACAGCCCGCCGAGGAGCCAUUCCGACGGGUCUCUACUAUCGAUCGGCAAGGAAGUCUUUCCAAACACCUGAGCCGCGCCUCAGUGCAGAGUCAGCUGGCAAAACGCAAAUACGCCAAAUGGCAGCCCGACCGACUCGGCGUGCCGGCCGACCCCAGCACCUCGCUGAGCAGAGAUUCAUCGCGCGUGCGGGGGUCGAUAUCCGCCACAAGCUCCGACGGACGAUCCACACAACAAGGAAUCGAGGAAAGAGAUAGAGACACAGGUGCGACAGACCCCAGCUUGUCUCGCGUCGCCAGUGACAACGGCAACACCGCGGCUCGGUCGACCAACCCAAAGCGCCCGGCCAAUGGCUCCGACGACACCACCCUGCUCACGGAGCUGGACAUCCUCUACGAGAACCAGCGUGGCUGGUUUUUCUUCGGCGUCCCGCUGUACUCGCACGGCUCGCUACUCAACUUCGACCCGAGCGCCUGGAUGACCCAGGACAAACGCGCGAGCCCCGUCAAUAUCACCAACGCCCAGGUGCCGGACCCCAGCUGGGAGUGGGCCUGGCGCACCUGGUAUGUGGACAUGUCCGGUGACGUCGACGAGCAGGGCUGGCAAUACUCUUUCUCGUUUGCCUCGUCGGAAUGGCACGGCACGCAUCCGUGGUUCCAUUCGUUUGUGCGUCGCAGACGCUGGGUGCGACUUCGGACAAAAGCUCCUGAACGGCGGCUUCGUGGCCGCUCUGGCUUUGAGAAGGCGCAUAUGCUAACUAAGGACUACUUUACUAUCCAUUCUUCGCGCGUGCGCAGUCGCGAGCAGAGCACUGUGGGUUUGUCGCGCGUCGAAUCUGGGUUUUUGAAUCGCAUGAGUCAAAAGGUCGAUGAGGAGGCGCCGCUCGAGGAAAUCGGCGAUAUCCCGGCUUUGAUGUUUGCCUUGAAGCAUACCUCGAUUGAUCGCGAGAAGAUUGAUGCCCUGAGGAAAUUUGUCCGUGAAGGAGGUGACGAGCUUUACUAUCUGGACGAGAGGAUCCCCGACGUCAUGUCCAUGUUUCUUUUCCAGGCAUCUCGCUGGCAGUUUGUGACCUAUCUUGUUGGAGUUAUCCAUGAGCUCUCAGAAGUUGCAUCGGAAUCAGAUGGCAAGAAUGCCGACGCCAUGCAGCGCAAGAAAGAUAAUCUUGUCCGUGCCGUCGAAACGGCCCGGCGCCAUGUCACCGGGCCGGAUGUCUUCAGUGAUUCCCACGGAGAAUCGGUCACAGCACUGCUCGAUCUGACCCCUGUGUCCCAGCAUGAUGCAUUACUAUCGCGGCGACCGGGUAGCACCCCUGAGCAACCGUCGAUGCAGAAAUGGAAAGGGAUCAAGGGAAUUCCCCAGGCGGCGGAGCGUGCAAAAACCCUCCCCAACUCCGACAACGAAAAAAAAUACCAUCCUCUCUCACCCUCAUCACCGCUUCUUCCCCCUUCUCCCGUUCUCAUCCAUGCCUCGGAUGCUGUUGCAGCAUCAUCCUCUAUGUUCUCGUGUGGCCGCCCGUGUCUAAGAAGGCGUUUGUCUGCCGUCCUGGACACCGUCGCGGCUGGCCCCGAUGAACCUCUACUGUUCCUCUACCCGCGCUGGGCCGCGCCGGCUCUGCGGCAACGCCGACAGAUCACUUCAUUGAAGUCUACCACAGCUCCCUCGGGGACGUGUCAGACCCCUGAUCUUCCUUUCCCUGCCGCAGCGCGCCCCUGUGCUUCGUUGCCGUUCCGCUCGUCGAACCGAUGGAUGUCCUCUGGUGCUACGGGUCACUCCCCCAGCAUCACGCAGUUACAUUCACCACGAGAAGCUAAAGUUGGUUUUCAAUUUGAGGGGGAUAUCAACGAGGGGGGUAUCGAGACGUCGGGCUACGAUGCUGGGGAUUCGUCUGUUACUGGGCACAAUCAGUCGGAGGGCUCUUCUGUCGAUGAUCCAUUGUCGGUGGUAGAGAGGAGGAGAACCGCACGCAGAGAAAAUAGACGGCCCGAAGACACAGAACAUGAGAGUCCCUCUCGAAAAAAUUCAGUCCAAAAGAUGUCCGUUCCGGAUCGGAAGAAGCUCCGGUAUCGAGAGUUUCAAGCAAAGCGAGAAUUUCAAACGCAAAGGGGUCCAGGACGGUCGAAGCAAAAUUGCAAUGAAACAUGGAGGGAUAUGCAGUCUCUACUGGAGAGUGUGCAGAAGGAUCCUCGCAACGGAAGCAAAAAGCCCUCCAAGUACAAGGAGAUGCACGUCCCAGAAGAAACCGUCGCUUUGCUUGCUGGAGUGACGGACAUGACUAUGAACGAGAAUAUCUGGCAAGUCCCCAUUCAUAAUGGCUGCCGCGUGCACGUCCUCGAUGCGCAGCAGGGCGAUGGUCGGAAUCGAAAGGUGAUUCUGUCGGGCUCGGAACGCGUCGUGGAGGUGGUCGCGGACCGCAUCAUGCGUGCGCAGAAUCUUCAAAGCGUUGGAGAUCCUCUGGUCGAGAUUGGCAAAUCGCCCGUGCCUGUGUAUGGCUCGUUGACUGCCAUGGCACGCAGAAACAUCCCAGCGCCGGUGAUCCGUGGAGUAUGGAACUGGUCUGACGACUGGGCGAAUCCCAUGCGGUUAGAAAAUGUCCUCGCUGCUCGCCCGCCCCUCACCAGCGUGAGGGGAUUCAACGAAUACGUCGAGGAUCUUGUGAGCGCAGGGAAAUUGAAAUACCAACUCAAGGCCCGGGAUCGAACGGAUGACAACAAUUCUCGCACUCACACCACUCCCCACACUCAUCAAGAUAUCGCCCGACAACUCGUGGCACUGUUUAAACAGGACGUGAACCACAAAUACUUCUCCACCGCGGCGAUGAACCACGCGCUGGCCUUUCUCUGUGACCACGAACUGCUUCAGGCCGCCCGGACCGUGUUUCUACUGGCAGAACAUCUUGCAACCACAGACACCUAUAAUAUCUUGCUGCGCUGUGCGGCGCGACGCCAAGAUAUCAAGGGAUUUCGUGGGCUCCUGUAUUCGAUGUCUCGAGCGCAUUUUCGUCCAAACGCUCAUACGUGGCUUUCGUUACUCUCGGCUCUAGUGACUCCAAGUGACAAAGCCAAACUCAUCACACAUAUGGCGCGCAAUGGCUACAUCUCAGAGAUCAACACGAUCCGGAGUGUGCUUCAGCAAACGAUUCACGAUUCUCUCCUCGUGCAUUUGGAAAGCGGCCAGGAUAUUGACUCAUUCAUCCAUCUGAUGACCAACACCUGGGGUGCCAAUUGGCUCAGCUCCUCGCUGAUCAGUCAGAUGUUCAAUGUGACCGUUCGGUUGAAGGACUUCUCCGCCACGGACCGGCUGAUGCGAAUCUGUAUGGAGCACGGUCUUGCCGUGGAUAGCACUUCCCUCACCCAUAUUUUGCGCCUCUUCCGCGCGGACAUCUUCUCGGCUUUGAAAUACACCUUCCAAUUCAUGAACCGGCCUCUGUUCCGCCUCGCCCCCGAGACCUGGGAGAAACUGUUUUUGGUCGCCUAUAAGGGCCGCCACUACAACAUCUGCCGGGUGCUGUGGCGGUAUGCGUGCAUGGGCAACGCCGUGAGCUAUAAAAUGAAACAGUCCGUCCUAAGCUCUCUAACCCGCAACACCCCCCGGAAGAAGGGCUCCGACAUCUCCACUAUCUGGAGCCUCAGUGCUGGGAAAGUCAUUGUCGGUCUUGACCUGCACCACGAGACCUACACGAUCAAAGACUCCAUUCUCGAGGGUCUGCCAGCCGAAUUCCGUGACAAGCCCCUUCUUUAUCUGUCCUCUGGAUUCAUGCCCCAGGGUGAGAAUAGAGACCGUCAGCUCCGUCUCGCGGCGGAUCUGGUGCUUCGCGAUGUCGAGCUCGGCGCUUCGCAGUAUAAGCCCAUGCAUUCGCUGCCCAUCAUGCUGGAAGCUGCCGCUCUCCUGGACCUCGAGUGGCAUGGGAAACCGUGGCCGUUGCCGUGGAUGAUGCAAAAUGCGAUCCAGGUUCCGAUCAUUCCCCGCUAG